UCAAGGUGUAUUAUUCUAUCCGUUUUUCUACUUAGGUUAGAAAGACAAUGCCAAAAGUAAAAAGAAGUAAAAAGCCUCCUCCAGAUGGGUGGGAAUUAAUUGAACCAACUUUAGAUGAGUUAGAUCAAAAAUUGAGAGAAGCCGAACAGGAUCCGCAUGAAGGUAAAAGAAAGGUGGAAGCAUUGUGGCCAAUUUUCCGAUUACAUCACCAAAAAUCUCGAUAUAUUUAUGAUUUAUUUUAUAAGAGAAAAGUUAUCUCCAGAGAGCUUUAUGAUUAUUGUUUAAAAGAAAACAUUGCCGAUGGAAAUUUAAUUGCAAAGUGGAAAAAACAAGGUUACGAAAAUUUGUGUUGUUUGCGCUGUAUACAACCACGAGAUACAAACUUUGGAACUAAUUGUAUUUGCAGAGUUCCAAAAAGUAAAUUAGAAGAGGGUCGUGUGGUGGAGUGUAUUCAUUGUGGGUGCAGAGGUUGUUCUGGCUAAUUGCAAAAAAACAAGGAAAAUAAACUGGAAACUGAAUCGCAAUUUUAUUUCUGGUGAUAAUUUUUAACAUCUUGUUAAUGAUAAAAGAAAUGACUUGUGCAUAUUUUGUAUGGACAAUGUAACAAAGACAAUUUUUUUAAGAAUAUAUUGUGCUUGGCGUGUCAAAAA